AUGAGUGACCAUUACAUACAAAUAAAUUUUAAUUCACUACUUGGUGAAGGUUACAAUCCCAUUAUCAUACAUCCAUUUGUACUACUAAUGAAUGACGAAUCACCAUAUUGUAUUUUACUAUCUUUUACAGAACAAUUAAUAUUUGGUCAACAAAUUGACAAAACAAGAAUUAAAUAUUUUAUGCAUAUAGUGUUAAAAAAUAUUCAAGUUAGUACAACAGAGUUUUCGGCAAAAAAUUUUGAAAUUAUUGAUGUUGAUGAUUCUGGUUUUGAUUUAACGUUAAAACUGCGACAAAAAAAUUCUCAGGCUCCUGUAACAAUGCCUGUUGUACGUGGUAUAACAUAUGUUACAUUUAAAUAUAAUUUAGCAACACCAACAAUUUCAACUACUCAUGCUAACGGCUGA